GGUACGGAGUGCCGAGUGGCCUCUGCCCCGCCCCAGCGGACAGCCUCCGAGGCGUUUCUCCUGCGUGACGAGCCCCGGGGUGCCGCUCUACGCGAGUGCUUUUGGAGGCGCCGGGGACGAGAACCCCGAGGGGACUCGGGAACCGAGCAGUGCGGGAGUGUUCCUCCCCAGCUUGCUUUACGACAAGAUGUUGGGAAUUUUCAAGCGCCCUGUAGUGGUGACCGCAGACAUCAACUUGAACCUCGUGGCUCUGACUGGCCUGGGGCUACUGAGCAGACUGUGGCGACUCACCUAUCCUCGGGCUGUGGUUUUUGAUGAAGUAUACUAUGGGCAGUACAUCUCUUUUUACAUGAAGCGGAUCUUCUUUUUGGAUGACAGUGGACCACCACUUGGCCACAUGUUACUGGCCUUGGGAGGUUACUUAGGAGGAUUUGAUGGUAACUUUUUGUGGAACAGAAUCGGAGCAGAGUACAGUAGCAACGUGCCUGUGUGGUCCUUGCGCCUGCUGCCAGCCCUUGCCGGGGCUCUAUCGGUCCCCAUGGCUUACCAGAUAGUGUCGGAACUUCACUUUUCUCACUGUGCUGCCAUGGGAGCUGCCCUCUUGAUGCUUAUUGAGAAUGCCCUGAUCACUCAAUCCAGGCUCAUGCUUUUGGAGUCAUUAUUAAUAUUUUUUAACCUGUUGGCUGUGUUAUCGUACCUGAAGUUCUUCAACUCUCAAAGAUACAGCCCUUUCUCUCUGCGCUGGUGGCUGUGGUUGAUGCUGACCGGAGUGGCUUGUUCCUGCUCAGUUGGCAUCAAGUACAUGGGAAUUUUUACAUACUUGCUAGUGCUCAGCAUUGCAGCUGUCCACACCUGGCACCUGAUUGGAGACCAGACCUUGUCAAAUAUGUGUGUGUUCUGUCACUUGCUUGCCAGAGCAGUGGGUCUGUUGGUUGUCCCGGCCGUCCUGUACCUGCUGUUCUUCUACACUCAUUUGAAGCUGCUCCAUCGCUCCGGACCACACGACCAAAUCAUGUCCAGCGCCUUCCAAGCCAGCCUGGAGGGAGGGCUAGCCCGUGUCACCCAAGGCCAGCCCCUUGAGGUGGCCUUCGGUUCCCAGGUCACUCUGAAGAAUAUCUUUGGCAAACCUCUGCCCUGCUGGCUUCAUUCCCACCAGAACACCUACCCCAUAAUAUAUGAAAAUGGCCGUGGCAGCUCCCACCAGCAGCAGGUGACCUGUUACCCUUUCAAAGAUGUCAAUAACUGGUGGAUUGUGAAGGACCCUGGGAGGCAUCAACUGGUGGUAAACAACCCUCCGAGGCCCGUGCGGCAUGGAGACAUCGUGCAGCUAGUCCAUGGCAUGACCACCCGCCUCCUCAACACGCAUGAUGUUGCUGCGCCCCUGAGUCCCCAUUCACAGGAGGUCUCCUGCUAUAUCGACUACAACAUCUCCAUGCCUGCCCAGAACCUCUGGAGGCUGGACAUUGUGAACAGAGAGUCUGACAAGGAUGUCUGGAAGACUAUCCUGUCGGAGGUGCGCUUUGUGCACGUGAACACAUCUGCAGUGCUGAAGCUGAGCGGAGCGCACCUCCCGGACUGGGGGUUUCGGCAGUUGGAGGUCGUUGGGGAGAAACUGUCUCGGGGCCACCAUGAGAGCAUGGUGUGGAACGUGGAGGAGCACCGGUAUGGCAAAAGCCAGGAGCAGAGGGAAAGAGAGCUGGAGCUGCAUUCGCCUACUCAGCUCGACAUCAGCAGGAACCUCAGCUUCAUGGCCAGAUUCUUGGAAGUGCAGUGGAGGAUGCUGACGCUGAGGAGUGAGGACUCCGAACACAAGUACAGCUCGACACCGCUGGAGUGGGUCACUCUGGACACCAACAUAGUCUACUGGCUGCACCCCAGAACCAGCGCUCAGAUUCACCUGCUGGGCAACGUCGUGAUCUGGGUUUCGGCCAGCCUGACAACAGUGGGCUAUGCCCUACUCUUCAUCUGGUACUUGCUCCGCCGGCAAAGGAGUGCCUGUGAGCUCCCCGAGGAUGCCUGGCCCAACUGGGUGCUGGCAGGAGCCCUGUGUGGUGGCGGCUGGGCGCUCAACUACCUGCCCUUCUUUCUGAUGGACAAGAUGCUCUUCCUCUACCACUAUCUGCCAGCGCUCACCUUCCAGAUCCUCUUGCUCCCCAUUGUCCUGCAGCACAUCAGCGACCACCUCUGCAGGUCCCAGCUGCAGAGGAACCUCUUCAGUGCCCUGGUUGUAGCCUGGUAUUCCUCAGCAUGCCAUGUGUCCAGCCUGCUGCGCCCACUGACCUAUGGGGACAGGUCACUGUCACCAGGCGAGCUCCAGGCUCUUCGUUGGAAAGAUAGCUGGGAUAUCUUGAUUCGAAAGUAAAGAACAAAAACACAUGGAAGGAUGAACACAGAACAUUCUCCCUCCAGCAGAGGGGCUCAGGAGACCGGUCAUACUUAACCAGGACUACAGGGAUUGACUAUGUUAACCCUUAGGAGCCCUCUGAUUAGCUCUUCAUUUUGAGCAAUUUAGUUUUUCAAUUUCUCGAGGUAGGGUCCCCACUCUAGCCCAGGCUGACCUGGAAUUUGCCGUGUAGUCUCAGGGUGACCUCAAACUCUCGGCAAUCCUCCUACCUCUGCCUCCCGAGUGCUGGGAUUAAAGGUGUGCGCCACCAUGUCCGGCGAGCAGUUUACUGUUUUUUGGGCCAUGAAAAAUGCCCUCCACACCAGCAUCUACAAGGCAUGGCUCGUGGCUCAGACCCAGUGUUUGGGUGGCCAGUGUGGGAAGCACUGCUAGGCCAGAGAACACUCCAUAAGGCUGUGCCCUGCUCUAGCUGUGGGCUUGGUGUUGGGUCUUAUAGACCCAGCCCGUUUUCACAACACCCACUAAACCUGAAUAGGGUCUGAGCCUUGCCUUUGGAAAGACCUACAGGAGGUACCCCAACUAGAUGGUGUCUGUAGGCAGGUGUCCUUUGUAAAGCGUACUUGGAAGUCUUACUGCAUCAACACCUGAUACCUCGUGUUCUUUAAGUCCCUGACUCAUCUCCAUCUUCCAUAACAAGGUGUCACACAUACACAACCUUGCCCUGAAUUACCUUUUAUAAAUGUAAAUAAAAAUGGACAAAAUGUG